GGGGUAUUGAAUCCCGACUUCAUCCUCCUUCACGAGUAAAAGCUCAUCACUUAGUAUCAAUUAUCCUAGGCAAAGCGAUAAUCGCCGACAGAAAUUAGAAUGUCCGAUACGCAGAGUGAAAACUCCGAUUAUGAUCAUUUUGCCUCAAUUCCUUGGUGUGCUCCACAUCUUCGCGGCUCAAGGAUCAUCACUGGAUCGCCAAGAAGUCGAAUAGUAAAACCAAAUGGCGAAGAUUCUUUAUACGCGGAAACUUUGAAAUCGCAAAGCACUAUACUAGCGAUGCUAGAGGUUUAUGAAGAGCCUGAAUCACCUACCGAACGCGUGGAUUCUCUUAAAACAUUCAUCACUUUGGGCUCCGGCUUGAACGGAUAUCCAGAUGUGUGUCACGGAGGCAUUGUAUCGGCGAUUCUAGAUGAAGUUACCAACCUUCUUAUCCCGGUAAAUCAACAAAGGGGUUUCAUUCCUGAUGUACCAUACAUGACGGCUUAUCUUAACACGACAUUUUUGAUGCCUGUUCCUACUUGCGCGACUAUUUUAGCGCAGGCUCGGAUAUUGAAGGUUGAGGGUCGAAAGUAUCUCUCAGAAGGUUGGAUUGAAGACGCGAACGGCUCCAUCUUGGCGCGUGCCGAAGUCUUAUAUGUGGCUCUCAAGAGCUCUUUAUAAGGGAAGCCCUGCCACAGAGCAUUUCGACGGAUGCGACCGAGGCGAAGGCCCGGUUAUAUUUCCAGCCCGAUGCUAUUCGUAUGAAGCCUGCAUCGCAGGCCUUUCCCUAGCUGGCUUGCAUAGGGGGGUGGUGGGAAAAGGUACCAUCGCAGGCUAUACACAUGGGGAAACGUUUCUCUACCAAAAGGAUUCGGGGGGGGUUGGGAGGGUUGAUACGAUAUGAGGUUCAGCUAAAGCUG